AUGGCACUGCCCCCUAGUCCCCUGGCUAUGGAGUAUGUCAAUGAUUUUGAUCUGAUGAAGUUUGAGGUAAAAAGGGAGCCCUCUGAAGGCCGAUCUGGGCCUCCCACAGCCUCACUGGGUUCCACCCCUUACAGUUCAGUGCCCCCCUCACCCACCUUCAGUGAUCCAGGUGUAGUGGGGGCCACUGAGGGGGUCCGGCAGGGUCUGGAAGAGCUAUACUGGUUGGCUGCUCUGCAGCAGCAGCUGGGCACUGGGGAGGGGCUGGGGUUGAGUCCUGAUGAAGCUGUGGAGUUCCUGCAGGGACAGGGACCAGCCCCUGCUGAGGGACCUCUCUCCCACUACCCAGGAGGUUCAGAAGAAAUGGGUGGCCUGAACUCCCAGCUCCCGGGGCUGGCGGAGCGCUUUUCGGACGCUGCGUUGGUGUCCAUGUCGGUGCGUGAGCUGAACCGGCAGCUGCGGGGCUGCGGGCGGGAUGAGGCUCUGCGGCUCAAGCAGAGGCGCCGCACCCUGAAGAACCGCGGCUACGCCCAGGCCUGCCGCUCCAAGCGGCUUCAGCAGCGGCGCGGGCUGGAGGCAGAGCGGGCCCGCCUGGCCGCCCAGCUGGACGCCUUGCGGGCAGAGCUGGCGCGCCUGGCCCGGGAGCGUGACCUCUACAAAGCUCGCUGUGACAAGAUGUCAGCCGGCGCCCCUGGCCCCGGCCCUAGCCUUGGCCUUGGCCCUGACUCCGGCCGAUCCCCGCGCCCGGGGGACCACGGUCACUUCUUCCUCUGA